AUGAAUAAUAGCCUCAAUAGUCCGUUCGUAAUCUGGACUACGUGUUUUUUCUGGCUUAUAUCAAUAUUUGGUAUUUUUUGGUCAAUAAUACUUUUCUUCUGGGUUGGUGAUAUGAUAUUCUCAACAGGCACAGAUCUGGUGAACGCGGUUGUAUUGCUAUCAGCGAUUGUAAUGCUGCCUCCUAAUUUUUAUUCUCUACAUGCGAUUGCUAAUGGAAAAAAAAUUGAAUACAACGCAAAAGUUUUCUGCUGUCGAUUAUGGACUUGUAUUUUAUGGAUAGUAAUCAUAAACAUAAUUGGUAUUAUUUUAUGUGUACAACGAAUGUAUUUAUGUCAAGAAAUUACGAAGAAAUAUAUAUCAAAUAGUAUGAAACAAUACAGGAUAGCUCCAAAACACAGACAAUUUAUUGACAAAUUACAGUGGUCUCUAGGAUGUUGUGGAUUAAAAUCGUAUAAAGAUUGGUUUAGUCAAGACUGGCAUGACAAAGUUCGAGAUUAUGAAUGGGCUAGUCCAAAUGUAAGAGAUGUUAACGCGAUGAAACAGGUCAUAGAAAUAGACAGUGUUUCUAUGUUUAUUAGUUGCUGCAAAAGUGGAUCUUGUGUCUCAAGUUACUUGAAAGAGUUAGGUAAUUACUCGAUAAAUACAAAUGGUUGCGGAAAUUUGCUGUAUCGAUUUAUUAUGGUAUCAAUGACCGUUCAUCUUAUUAUGUUCCUCAUAAUCAUAAUAUUAGAGAUUUUCUUUCUUAAGAGCAUUAUUACUAAAAAUGAUGAACUCGACUCCAAAAAUCGUAGCAACAAAUUAAACAUAAGACACAUUAUGUCUGUUAACGACAAUUUUGAGAUGUCUAGUGGAUCAUACAAUUUGAACGAAGAAGAUAGUGAAAUAGAUCCGUCUAAUGUUUACUAUGAUGAAAAGUGAAUGUCUUAAUACAUAAUAUUACAGAUUUUAAUUGGUAGUUAACUAAGUUGCGGCACUCAUAAUAAUGAUUAUUUAAUAAAUAACUUAAGAAUUAUGAUUUAAUGUUUAAUAAAUUUUUGUUUUUAUUA